AUAGUGACCAAUUUUGUUUUGAUUUCCUAAUAUUAUAUCUUAUAUAUCAGCUACAUGGAAGCAGGAAACAGAACAGGAGUUUCAGAGUUUAUCCUCCUUGGGUUCUCUGAGGACCCAGAACUGCAGCCCCUCAUAUUUGGGCUGUUCCUGUCCAUGUACUUGGUCACUGUGCUUGGCAACCUGCUCAUCAUCUUGGCUAUCAUUUUUGACUCCCACCUCCACACCCCCAUGUACUUCUUCCUCUCAAACCUGUCCUUGGUUGACAUCUGUUUCAGCACCAGCAUAGUCCCCAAGAUGCUACUGAGCAUCCGCACAGAGAACAAAGCCAUCUCCUACAUGGACUGCCUCACUCAGGUGUAUUUUUCCAUGCUUUUUCCUAUCCUGGACACUCUGCUCCUGACUGCCAUGGCCUAUGACCGAUUUGUGGCCAUCUGUCAUCCCCUGCACUACACGGUCAUCAUGAACCCACACCUCUGUAGUUGGCUGGUUUUUAUUACCUGGCUCAUUGGUGUCCUGACAUCCCUCCUUCACAUUUGUCUGAUGAAGCACCUGACCUUCUGUAGAGAUCUUGAAAUUCCACAUUUCUUCUGUGAACUGACACACAUUCUUGAAUUGGCCUGCUCUGAUACCUUCCUGAACUGGACUUUGAUAUAUUUUAUGACUGGUGUGCUGGGUGUUUUCCCCCUCAUCGGGAUUCUUUUCUCCUACUCACGAAUUGCUUUAUCCAUAAGGAAGAUGUCCUCAUCUGGGGGAAAGCAAAAAGCAUUUUCCACCUGUGGGUCUCACCUCUCAGUUGUUUCUUUAUUUUAUGGGACAGGGGUGGGGGUCCAUUUCACUUCUGCAGUGACUCACUCCCCCCAGAAAGUCUCAGUGGCCUCUGUGAUGUACAGCGUGGUGACCCCCAUGUUGAACCCCUUCAUCUACAGCCUGAGGAACAAGGAUGUGAAGGGAACCCUCAGAAGGCUCCUCAACAGAACAACCUCUUGUUUGCGAUAA